UUGACAGGUUCCGAGCGAGUUUUCGCCGACCACGAGCCACCGAUCGGUCAGUGCUUCGAACAGAGGAUCCACGAUUUCUAGAUCCUCCUCGUACCUCGUCUAACUUUCGCGCUUCGAACGAUUUUCCGGUUCGUUCGAAACAUCGUGCGAUCGGACGCGCCUCCACGCAAGGAUCCACGACUUCUGGAUGCUCUUGAAACCUUUUGGAACUCGGUGCCUCGACAGAGCAGGGAUCGAUGAUUUCUAGAUCCUCCUUCGACUUUGUGCAAUUCGACGCUUUGGCAGGCAGAUCGACGAUUUUUCGAUGCUUGGCGAAUAUCGUGGAACCCAGACAGGAGAAUCGAAGAGGAGAGAACGUUCUUGGAACUUUGUGGAAUUGAUCGACGAGCUCGUGGAUCCUGAAUUCAGCGCCUCGACGAUUUCUCGAUCCUCUUUGAACUUGGAUAGUAGGCUGGAAAAUUUCUGGACUCGCGUCGGACAUCGCGGAACCCAGCGCCUCGAAGAUGGGAUUUUCGAUCUCUGGGUGCUUUUUCAACAUCGUGGAAUCUCACGUCUAAAAGAACGAAUCGUCGAUCUCUAGAUCCUCUUUCGAUUAGAACGUCGCUCGGAUAGACGAAUUAUCGAGUUCUAAAUUCUUUCCGAAGACUAGUGACGUGCAGCGCUUGGAAAAAGGGAUCGUUGAUUUCUAGAUCUUCUUCCAACACUGUGGCGCUUCUAAAAAGAGAUCACAGAUGUCUAGAUGAUUCUUGAAUAUCAUCGAGGUACUGUUUCUAAAUUAUUUUCAACGUGAAAUUCAACUGAACUAGAAGAAUGAUCGUCAUUAUCAAGAAGCAAGAUCCGACUGUCCGAUAUUUUGACGAAAACUUCGACAAUUCGCGGAUUCACUUCGAACGUACGACCAGCGGAUAGAAAAUCCAGUGGUUGGAAAAAUUGUUCGUUUCUAUAUCUCGUUGAAAUAUCGCGUAAUCCAGUGGUCGAGGAGGAUUUCUAGAUCCACUUCGAACAUCAUAAAACCCGUGAGGAAGGCGAAACGAUCGCGUUCGUCGAUACGAAACCGCGUGACUCGCGAGGAAAUUCUUAUGCAACGCGUGCAGGACGUGGUGCACACUUUGCCGGUGCUUAGGCGAACGUUAGAGCAGAGAAGGAGAGGAGAACCCGUCGCGAAGAAUUAUGAAUGAUCCUCGGAACGAGGAUGAUCGCGAGCCGGCCCCGUGUACCCGGUUGCUGGAAAUAGCGUGCAAUCUGCGCACGGAAACGCCGACAACUGGACAAAUACGCUUGUUGCUCGCUUCGUUUGCUCUAAACCAACGUGCUAUCGUUGAGUCGUGACGAAGAGGUACCUCGGACCGGUUGUAUAACUAUUCAAAGUGAAACUUAAUACAUUGUAGGACAGUGAAUUAGUAAAAUUAGAGGCUUUUUCUCUUAUCGAGCCGAGAAUCGUUGUUCAAGUGCUUUUGUUACUCGUUUCGUUAGUUGCGAGCCAAAGUGCUAUCUUCGUCGAAGAAACUUCGAUUACGCACAUUAUCCUCGAAACUUGAUACAUUAGUCGGUGUACGCAAGUUAAUUAAAUUUCUCUUACUUUGUCGAUCUGAGAAUCGUCGUGUCGAGGAACGGUUCUUGUUCUCUGUGUUUCAUCGUUCACUUGCGACGAACAGCACAUGUAAGUAUCUACAGCAAAACUUAAUCGCACAGAGCCGGCAACGGAAAUUAAUUUCCCUUUCUUAUUCGUCAAAAUAUUUCCACGCAAAUGUGAAUAGCAACUUUAUUAUCAUGGUGAUCGUGGUCGACGGAUGCGGAACAGUGAUAAGGAUGACGAAACGGGACGAGAAUAAAUGAUAGCGUAUGUAUAUACGGUCGCGGUUGUACGAGAAAUCGUACGACGUUUUAACGUGGCCGUGAAACUCGGGACACUACUGUGAAUCUAAAAAGUGUUCGUUUUGCAUUGCAAAUGAAAGAACGUUGCUUUAAAACGUAAUUGUACAACGAACCUGUGCGACAGUACGAUGGUGUUAUCGAUGGUUCUAUUCUAUACCCAACAAAUAUAAUUGACGGUGCUGACCGGUUUGACGAUAGGAAAUUGUAUAUACACGUCGUACUCAGGAAAUAUGGUUAUGAAAUAGAAAAAUGACUGGAAAUGAUUUCGCUGGGAAGAGGUGAGUGGCGUUCGUGGCGAAUCGUAAAUUCAAUUGACGUACAACGCGAUGGUGCUAGUCGUUGAGGAACGUGUUUCGGAUUAUCGUUCGAUUUACAAUCUAUGAAUCAGUCACGCUGGCGACAAAAAUCAUUCUAGAAACUUCAUGAUCACGGAUAACAACCGUCUCGUAUCUCGUCGUUCAAUGGUGUUCAAAAAUCUGUCACUCUAAAUCUUCGCUGAGGUUCUCGUACGAUGAUGUGGCAGAGGAUAAGCGAGAAACGUUUGCGAAAGUGACAAAAUUAAUUGGUAAAACGAGUUGCCCAUUUCUGGAUUCGUUUCGGACGUGGUCGGGUCCAGUGGUUCGACAGAUUUCCAAAUUCGAAAAAGAAGAUUCUCGUCGCCGUUGAUACGACACGAUCGCCGAUCAGUCAUCGCCUUGACAAAAGGAUCGUCGAUUUCUAAAUUUCGAAUAUCGUGGAUAAUUAAAAGAGCCGGAAAUUUCUAGAUUUGAAUUUUCAAUUUCUCUUCGCGCAAGGACCGAUGGUUUCUAGAUUCUCUUUGAAUUUAUACAGAGCGUUCCAACAGAGAAGUCAAAGAUCCACGCAGCAUCUCUGAAUAUCGCGGAGUCAGUGUUUAAACGGAAGAAUCGGAAAUUUCUAUCAUCCUCAUUGAGCUUUGUGAGAUUCGGCGCUUUAACAAAAGGAUCGAUGCUUUCUAGAGCCUCUUUGACUUUUUCCGGGAUACGGCGUUUCAACAGAGCCGCCGAAGAUCUCUGCGGCCUCUUUGAAUAUCGUGGAAACCAGUGCUUAGACAGAGGAACCGACGGUUUCUGGAGAUUCUGUUCGAACGCGGCAUGAAAUUCUUCUUUGUAUCGCGUCGGUGAAUUUGGCGAAGAAACUCUGAAUAGGAGAAGAAAAGAGACACGGGAGGGAAAUCGAGAUCGUUGAACGAAAUGCUCAUGACUGAAAAGGGUUCUCUGACGAAAGAAGGAACCAACGAGGAAUCGGACGAACAUACGAUCGCCACCGACAACAACACAGUGCCACUGGACGAGUUAUUGGUGAACUCGACGGUUCCUACGACCGCGGUUGCAAUAAAAGUGUGCGAUGACUCCACGGACGAGGCUGGAAGAGGCAACAACGAGAAGCGGAAACGCGGCAUUCUCAGCAACUUUCAGAGAAGGACAUUCAGCAGGAUCAGCUUCAAGGGGGAGACCGGCCCUUUACUGAGCAGAUACCGGCAAACAAGAUUCAGCUCGCGACGGAUACGCAAAAGAGUGGUUUUCAAGCACGGCGAUUGCAAUGUCGUACAAGGAAAUGUCGCCAAGAGACGGCGCCGUUACCUUCAGGAUAUUUUCACGACGCUGGUGGACGCACAAUGGCGUUGGACUCUGCUGGUGUUCUCCAUGAACUUCCUACUGUCAUGGCUCGGUUUCGCCCUGAUAUGGUGGCUGAUAGCGUACAGCCACGGCGACCUCGACCUGAAAAAUCAGAACAAUCCAAACAUAACGUUCACCCCGUGCAUCAGGGAGAUUCGUGGAUUCACCAGCUCCUUCCUAUUUUCCAUCGAGACGCAGCACACGAUCGGGUACGGGUCGAAACAUCCAACAGACGAGUGUCCAGAGGCCGUGUUCGUGAUAUGUAUCCAGUCAAUGACAGGUGUGAUCCUGCAGGCCUUCAUGGUCGGCAUAGUUUUCGCGAAACUGUCCCGGCCAAAGAAGAGAACGCAGACGUUGCUGUUUUCAAGGAACGCUGUGAUCUGUCAGAGGGAUGGACAACCCUGUUUGAUGUUCCGUGUCGGUGACAUGAGGAAGAGUCACAUCAUCGAGGCUCACGUCAGAGCCCAGAUGAUCAAAAGGAAGGUUACCAGAGAAGGAGAACUGCUGCCGUUCUUCCAAACAGAAUUGAAAGUGGGCGGCGAUGGCGAGGAGGACAAGAUAUUCUUUAUUUGGCCAACGACGAUCGUUCACAAGAUCGACGAAAAGUCGCCUCUUUAUCAUAUAUCAGCCAGCGAUAUGCUCAGGGAACGAUUCGAGAUUAUCGUCAUGUUGGAAGGUGUCAUCGAAUCAACUGGCAUGACGACUCAAGCCAGGAGCUCGUACCUGCCGUCUGAAAUUUUAUGGGGACACAGAUUUGAACACAUAAUCACGUUCAAAAAGGAGACUGGGGAAUACGAAGUGAACUAUUCCUUGUUCAACAAUACCUACGAGGUUGACACACCGUUAUGCUCAGCGGCUGAUUUGGACAAACUUAGGACGAUGCAACGAUCGAAAGGAGGUAUUUCAGAACGUGCGAGCAACAGCGGAUUCGCUCAUUAUCGCGAUGCGUCGAGCAGUUCUUUGACCACCGGAUCCGGUUCCAGCCUAGCGUCGUCAACAGGCGGAUUGCACAUGAACGUGCCGAUGACGCUCACUCCGAUUCCAGUUAUGAUCACCGGCCCUGACGGUUCUCUUAGACGCGAGAGCAUGCAAAGCGCGCAAACUGACUUAAAGCAGUCCAUAUUUUACACGCACAACGAGUUCCUGGACGGUGAUCCGCACGUUUUAAAUCAUUAUUCCCACGAGGAAUUAAGAAACCAAGAGGAUUAUGAUCGUGUAUUGGAAGAUAUAAACGCGACCUUAAGGAAAAAUCGGGCACCGAGUAAGGAAGACAGAAGAAUACACAGAGAACCGUCCAAGUGUACCUUAGACUCUAGGAAGAGCGAGUCGAGAGACACGAUAAAGAGAUCCAGUUCUAGGACGACGAUGGAUCAAGUUCCAGUUAUCAGCUCCCUAUCGAAAUCACCAUCGCGACAGCAUUUAGAUCCCAGACAUACCAAGUUCGCGGAAUCCUCGGAAGCGUAUCGCGAACCUUCGCCUCAUCCUCUCACCUCCUCGAGGUCCAGCCUGGGAGAGAAUCACAAGGGCCCGCAGAAAAAGACCAGCUUCAUCUUAGGCGACGUCGAACACCACGUGAUAGAUAUGGAGCCUAUGAAGGAGUUUCCCUCUCGGAACGCGUUGGAGGGCGAUUCAUCCAAAACGAAUCAUCUCCCUAGGCACGCUGUUUUCUAUCAGGAACAGGUGUAGGUGUAAUUUCAAGAACCUACGUCUUCGUAAAACAGACGAAGAGAGAUGGUUUUCUUGAAAAUUCGAAAUUAGAGUACCCCCUUGAACGACCUGAAACGAGAUUGCAUUAAAUCAUCAACGACCCCCCUCGUUCGUUAACCAUUCCACGCACACACGUAGCAUUUACGUCAGCAGGCCCAGGGGGAAGCAAAAAGAGCAGAAAAUCUCGGACAUCUUCUAAUUGACUGGAUUUCCGUUCCGCUAUCGAUGAACCACGGGACCAAAACGAGCUAGAAGCUUUAGAUUUCUAGAGGCUAAAUUGCCUCGGAGGAGGAUCAAUUACUCGCCGGGCGAUUUGCAACGAUCGUGCCCUCUUAAAACAACUUGCCUUCGCCGUACAACUGGGCCUCUAAAUUGUUCUAACUGGGACACAAAGACGUCAUGCCGCGUAGUUUUCAUACAUACGCGCCGUUUAAGUUCGACUAACUGGCCAGCAUCCUGCACGAUUCCAACGAUCGAAGUAGUACGAACUCCGCCUUUCGCUUUCUCUUUUUCGCUUCUUUACGCUUAUCGUUUCUCUUGUUCCAUCGUCUUCGCUCUCCAUUUUAACCGGUCGUACUCAUCGGCGCGAAUUAAGCUAUCGAUGGAUCGGAUCACGAGGACACGAACGACUCGCGGACAAGCGACGACAGACCUGAGUUGAUUUUCAUCGAACAGUAAAAACGUUAAUACGUAAGAGAUUGGGAAAUUCGAGCGACGAAUUAACUCGUCUUCCUCGAUUCGGUUAGAACGAACGCGAAAUUCAGACGUGAAGCUGUAGAAGACUUCUUAUUCUUCUUCUUCUUCUUCUUCGGUAUCGCCUGCCGAUAUCUGCUGUUUAAAAGAAUAUUCGAAGGUUUACGUUACGAUGUCACGCAAAAGGGAAGAAGUCGCGAGGCUGCUCCUGGACUUGUUUUGGAAUGCGAAGCAUCCGAUUCAUUCGGACGCACGGUGCUGUUCUCUCGAUGAGAAUCGCGGGAUUAAAUUGAAUGAAAGGGACAAUUUCUUUUACCUUAUCGCCAUUAAGAUCGUUCUACCGUGUCACUUAACUGACGAUUUCCGGGCUCGUUUAACCUUAUCUCUCUGGUACACGUUCGCAUCAACGAGUCGCGCACUGAUCGUAAUUCGCCAGAAACUUUGUUCCCGUAGCAACAUGCGUUAUAGUAAUAAGAUUAUAAUAAGAAUCGAAUUACCAAAUUUUUCAACUGUGGGCAAUGAUCGUAGUAGCCAGAAGUGCCGAGACUCGGCGUAUGAAAUAAUACGAAAAGUGACGUACACGUGAAAUUUGAUGAUGAUUUCAAUUUUGCUUUCAUUGAGUUUGGAAAUUUAAAAGACAGGAAAA